GAUGGGAACAUCGAGUACAAGCUAAAGCUAGUGAAUCCCUCGCAAUAUCGCUUUGAGCACCUGGUGACACAGAUGAAGUGGCGACUACAGGAGGGCCGAGGUGAGGCCGUCUAUCAGAUCGGCGUGGAGGACAAUGGGCUGCUGGUGGGCCUCUCAGAGGAGGAGAUGCGUGCCUCGCUCAAGACACUGCGCCGUAUGGCAGAGAAGGUUGGGGCUGACAUUACAGUGCUGCGGGAGAGGGAGGUCGAUUACGACAGCGACGUUCCAAGGAAGAUAACGGAGGUGCUUGUCCGAAAGGUGCCUGACAACCAGCAGUUCUUAGAUCUGCGAGUAGCUGUGUUGGGAAAUGUGGACUCAGGGAAGUCAACCCUGUUGGGCGUCCUAACACAAGGAGAGCUGGACAAUGGGCGGGGCAGAGCACGCCUCAACCUCUUCCGGCAUCUCCAUGAAAUCCAGUCAGGAAGAACGUCGAGCAUCAGCUUUGAGAUCCUUGGCUUCAACAGCAAAGGAGAGGUGGUAAAUUACAGUGACUCCCGAACAGCAGAAGAGAUCUGUGAGAGUUCUUCCAAAAUGAUCACUUUCAUUGACCUGGCUGGCCACCACAAGUAUCUGAAAACAACAAUCUUUGGCCUCACCAGCUACUGCCCGGACUUUGCUAUGCUGGUGGUUAGUGCCAACACCGGCAUUGCAGGCACAACGCGAGAGCACUUGGGCUUGGCCAUGGCUCUCAAGGUCCCCUUCUUCAUUGUCAUCAGCAAAGUUGACUUGUGUUCGAAAGCCACCGUGGAACGGACAGUGAAGCAGCUGGAGCGAAUCCUGAAGCAGCCAGGCUGCAACAAGCUCCCCCUGCUUGUGAACUCAGAUGACGAUGCUGUUACAGCAGCACAGCAGUUUGCACAGUCUCCCAACAUCACCCCAAUCUUCACGCUGUCCAGUGUUUCUGGGGAGAACCUGGAUCUCUUAAAAGUCUUCCUCAACAUCCUCCCUCCACUGACCAACAGUAAAGAGCAGGAAGAACUAAUGCAGCAACUCACAGAAUUUCAGGUCGACGAAAUUUAUACUGUGCCAGAGGUGGGGACUGUUGUGGGAGGAACUCUGUCGAGUGGGAUCUGCCGAGAAGGGGAGAACCUAGUGGUUGGUCCCACUGAUGAUGGGAAGUUCCUCCGGCUGAAAGUAUGCAGUAUCCAACGCAACCGCUCUGCCUGCCGCGUGCUGCGGGCUGGGCAGGCAGCCACGCUGGCCCUCGGACCCUUCGACCGCUCUCUGCUGCGCAAGGGCAUGGUCAUGGUGAGCCCAGAAAUGAAUCCCACCAUCUGCUCAGUGUUUGAAGCCGAGAUUGUACUGUUGUUCCAUGCCACGACUUUCCGGAAGGGGUUUCAGGUGACGGUGCACGUGGGGAAUGUGCGACAGACUGCUAUCGUAGAGAAGAUCCACGGAAAGGACAAGCUGCGGACAGGAGAGAAGGCAGUCGUCCGUUUCAGGUUCAUCAAGCAUCCUGAAUACUUGAAGAUCGGAGCCAAGCUGCUUUUCCGUGAAGGAGUCACCAAAGGCAUUGGGCAUGUCACUGACCUCCAAGCCAUCACCACCAAAGAAAAUGGCCUGGAGGAGUCUCUGGGGCCUGGACAGCUGAGCUUCUGACUACCACUAGGUCAGAGAGAUCUCUACUCACCAACACCUGGGGAGAAGGAUGGAAGCUCCCGUGGCACUCUGAGUGAUGCCUGGAGCUGCUG